UCCCUCCCCAACUCACAUUUCCCCCCGAAACCCUAAUUUUCAGAGAAACACAGAAAGCGCAGCGAUGGCGGAGCACUUGGCUUCCAUCUUUGGGACGGAGAAGGACAGGGUGAACUGCCCCUUCUACUUCAAAAUCGGCGCUUGCAGGCACGGCGAUCGUUGCUCCAGGCUUCACACGAAGCCCAGCGUCAGCCCGACUCUGUUGCUCUCCAACAUGUACCAGAGACCUGAUAUGAUCACCCCCGGCGUCGACGCCCAGGGCCACCGUAUCGACCCCCGCCAGAUGCAAUCCCACUUUGAGGAAUUUUAUGAGGAUCUCUUUCAAGAGUUGAGCAAGUAUGGUGAAAUUGAAAGCCUGAAUGUCUGUGACAACCUAGCUGACCACAUGGUGGGCAAUGUGUAUGUUCAGUUUAGUGAGGAAGAUCAUGCUGCAAAUGCACUCAAGAAUCUGACCGGAAGAUUCUAUGCUGGACGUCCUAUUAUUGUGGACUUCUCUCCGGUGACAGACUUCCGUGAAGCUACCUGCAGGCAAUAUGAGGAAAAUACAUGCAAUCGUGGUGGAUAUUGCAACUUUAUGCAUCUGAAAAGGAUUGGGAGGGAAUUGAGGCAUGAGCUGUUCAGGAACUAUCGUCGAAGGCAUAGCCAGAGUCGAAGCAGGAGCCGCAGCCCUUACAGGCAUCGUAGCUAUGAAGAACACCCUCAUGGUAGUCGUGGUAGCAGAAGGUAUGAUGAUGGGGAUCACUAUCUUGAGAGAAGGAACAAGACUUUAAGCCCCAGUCGAAGUAGGCGGGAACGCAGUAGAAGCAGGAGCACUGAGAGGAGAAGGAGAAGGCAUCCCAGUCCAGUUAGAGAAGGCAGUGAGGAGAGGCGAGCCAAAAUUCAGCAGUGGAACAGGGAAAGAGAGCAAAAUGAAACAGCUUCUAAGGUCACCCCUGACAAUAAUGGCCAUGCUGAAACUGGGAAUCAUAAGAAUGGAUAUGAGUAACAACAUCAGUUGCAGCACUGAGUAGGGUGGUGUGCAGGUUUACACUUCUGUGAUAUGGAUUUGAAAUAACUUUGCAUUCAUAUUGUGUGACUGCAUGUGCUUUUUUAUUAAAACCAUUUUAAACCAAAGGCAACUGAACUAGUGUCACCUAAGAUAGUGAGACAUUGUAAUCUGUCAACUGGACUUCUUCUCUUUCCCCUUUGAGGAAAGUGAGACGUGCUUGAUAACCAAUCAGUAGGAGUAGAAACCUGUUUGUGGGUUAUUUGAGUCUAGUUUGAACCAUUCACCAGCUUUAUUCCUGCCAGAAAGUUGUCACUUUUGAUUUUGAGUUAGCAACUACAUUAUUAUGCUAAUCCAGGGAAAAAAGAGUCUAGGAGUAACAUAGGUGUUUUGUAGAGCAAUAUGUGUGAGCUAAGUGUGUUAUUGUAAAUCAGAGGUUUUGCUCUUUGGAAUUGCAAAUUUUGUCAGCAGAGUACCAUAUUAGGAUGACUUCUAAAUGAAUUCUAU